UUCUUCAAGAUGCUCGCCUCACUGUUAUGGGCGGCUCUCUUCGUUGUUCCUUCGUGGGCGCAAAGCCAAUUCGUCAAGGGUCAAAAAUGGCAGAUAAUCCUCACAGGCGUGCCAGAUGUCUCAAAAUCGCCACUUCCGCCCACCGAUGCUCCCGUAUGGGACAUUGAUCUGUUCGACAGCGACGCCGCCACCAUCACAGCCCUAAAAGCAACAGGAAAGAUUGUGAUAUGUUACUUCAGCGCUGGAACAGUGGAGGACUGGCGGUCAGAUGCGAAGGAGUUCCCGGCCGGGGAUGUUGGAAAGGUGCUUCCUCAAUGGCCGAACGAGAAGUGGAUCCGAACUGGAAGCACCAAAGUCAGAGACAUAAUGGCAAAGCGCAUCAAGCUAGCUGGAGACAAAGGCUGCGACGCUAUAGACCCAGACAACAUAGCCCUCUCCGAAGCCCAACUAACCGACCCCCAGCAAAACGACAACGGCCUGAACCUCCAAUCCGCCGACGCAAUCUCCUACAUUCAAUGGAUGGCCACCGAAGCCGCCAAGUACUCCAUGGAAAUCGGCCUCAAAAACGCCCUCGAUAUCGUCGACACCCUCACCCCCACCGUCUCCUUCGCCGUCAACGAGCAAUGCGCCCAGCUCUCCGAAUGCGACCGCUACGCCUCAUUCCUCGCCUCGGGCAAGCCCGUCUUCCAUAUCGAAUACCCGACCCCGCUGAACGCCGCCGCUGCGAAGGGGGUCAGCUGCACGGGCCCGGGGACCGCGGGGAUGAGCUCGAUAUUGAAGAAUCUGGCGCUGGACGGGCCCGCGGUAUAUUGCGAUGGGAGUGUGGUAGAUACGCCGACGAAGGGGGGCACGAGUCCGCCGCGGCCGACG